UUUUGAAAAGCCAAAAUGGGCGGCUCACAAUCUACAACAAGCUCUCGAGCCGCAAAAUUCAGCGGAACCAAUAGUGCGAACCGCCGGAGCGUCCGAGCAGUCCGAAGUGCUCCGGCCACUGAGCUCAACGCGCGGCGUGCCACUUCGUGUCGGAAUACCAACAGGAAUGUCAAGGAAUUUUCAAAGUUUUGGAGUGAUGCGGGCUCUAUAAAUAGAUCAAAAUCGUCCAAUAGAGCAUCAAUGAAGCAGAAGCAGAAUGGAAACGGAAGCAUACGCCGAAACCGAACACAGUCCGUAGACGUCCGCCGAGCAUCAAACUGUCUCCCGGUCCCCGGUACCCCGUCAACUAUCCCGAAUCCACAAUUAACUCAGCGAAGAGCCACAAGUUUCCGAAGCAAUGGUUCUUCCACGUCAUCAACGCUUACUGUGAACGGAGAGGGGAGGAAGUCGAGGAAGGGGAGCACUACGGAGCUGCUCACACCGAAUUCUGCACGAUCUGAUAUUUAUUCAAUAGAGUUCAACCAAGCGGCGAUCGCUGCCGCUCGUCUGAAACGCCUCUCGCUGACACCGUACCCGGACCCCCAGCUGCCGCGUCUCUCCCCAUUACAACAACAACAGCCACAUCAUCGAUCGAAUUCCACAAAGAAGAGUGUGACGUCAUCCGUCAGCCCAAAACCGCGCACACAACAGCCACGUGGCAAAAGCAACAGCAGCAACAAUCAUCUAAAAUCUCCAGAAACUGCGAUUUAUUAAUGAAGAU